AUGCUGAGCACGAAUUUCAAUGUGUUCUUGAAGGCACUGGGACACAUUACGGCUUUUCUCAUAAUCACACCAUGUUUUGGGAGUGAGUUUUCUGAAACGGACUCUUUCUUCAAGUUCAUUGGAGCUGUUGAUCCCCAAAAUGUGCUACAAGUAAGCUGGAACGGAACAGUGCCUCAUCCCUGCUCAAAUAAGUGGAAGGGUGUCAAAUGCAAUUUGCAGGCUAAUACCAUAGAAGAAAUCAGGCUUGAAAAUUUGAAUCUUAGUGGGAUAAUUGAUGCAGAUUCCGUUUGCAAGCUCCAAAAUCUUCAGGUCCUUAGCAUAGCAAAGAAUCUCAUCCGUGGAAAUAUUCCUCAUUCAAUCUCAAACUGCAGAAGGCUCACCUACUUAGAUCUAAGUAGCAAUCUUUUGAGUGGGAUAACGUAUGUGGAUCUAACCAAGUUGAAACAUCUCCAGAGGUUGGACAUCUCUAACAACCAUUUUGCAGGUGCUAUCCCUCUUUUCGAACUGGAAUUCAAGGUUCCAGAUAACUAUUCCUUGAAACAAACUGCAAUUCAGACAUACAAGCUUCGAAAAAUGUUAAGAGCUGUGGAUUAUGAGGCCAUGGACGAUAGCAACACCAGUUCUGGUGAAUUUCCGUUGGAGCCUCCAAUGGGUAGUGAACCUGCAGUUUCUGACCAGAAAGCUUGGCAAAAGCAACUCUUCGAUAAGAUGCCAUUUAUUCUUGGCAUUGCAUUUAUCAUCUUGUUCUUCGUGGUCGUCUACUUUGUGAGUAUGAACCUUUCAAAACUGGCCAAAGAGAGGGAGAUUUCGAAAUCUCUGGAGCAUUCUCCGCGUAAAACUCCUCCACCUGUGCCUAAAGAAGAAACAAUAAAGCCCGAAGAAGGACGUUCAGAGCUUGUGUUCUUUGUUGAAGAGCAAGAAACUUUCAAAAUGGAUGACCUCUUUGAAGCCACAGCUGAUUUACAGAGCCAGACCCUUUACAGCAGCAUUUACAAGGUGAUACUUGAGAACAAUGCCGUUUAUGCUGUCAAAAGAAUGAAAAAACUGCAUGUAUCGUUCGAGGACUUUGGCAAAAUUACGAGGCAGAUAGGAAACUUGAAACAUCCAAACAUUCUACCACUGGUUGGCUGCAAUUCCACCGGUGAAGAAACACUUCUAAUAUAUAAGUAUCAAAGUAAUGGAAGCCUGCUAAAUCUGCUAGAGGACCAUAUUGCGGGCAAGAAGGUGUUUCCAUGGAAACUUCGGCUGUCUAUAGCAAGUGGCAUUGCAAGGGGCUUGGAUUUCAUAUAUCAGAAUUUUCAUAACCAUGAGAUCAUCUCUCAUGGAAACCUGAAGUCUUCAAACAUCCUCUUGGGCCAAAAUGACGAACCUCUAAUCGGCGAAUACGGGUACACGAGACUUCUAGACCCCAAGGAAGCGUCCUUGUUUUCAUCCAACUGCUAUACAGCACCUGAGAAAACCUUAUCAGAGCAAGGAGUCCUGUACAGCUUUGGAAUCAUUCUUCUUGAGCUACUAACCGGAAAAACAGUAGAGAAGAGUGGGAUUGAUCUUCCUAAAUGGGUCAGGUCCAUGGUGAGGGAGGAAUGGACAGGAGAAGUUUUUGACAAGGAGCUUAACAAUGAUGCUAGAGAAUAUGCAUUUCCUUUGCUGAAUAUUGCCCUGAAAUGUGUAUCAAAUUCACCAGAAGAUCGGCCAACUAUGGCAGAAGUCAUGGAGAAGAUAGAAGAAAUGGUGAAUGUACACGAUGAUGAGUCUAUUUCAUCCAUGGCUUCACUAGAAUCCAGCCCACAUCCACAGGAUUGCUGUUUACUCCACACUAUCAUACCAGAAACCUGGGAUACUCCUGGCUCAAAUUAUUAA